CACGAUAGUACCUCGUCUACGAUAUCCGCCAGCUAGAGAAAUCGGUGAAAUCCGUCCGAAGACUUUAUUACCACAAAGGGUUAACUUGAUCAUCGACGGUUGAAAGCUAUCGAGAAAACUUCGCCGCGUGUCUAAGAUUGAGUUUGUCAAGUUCGAAAGCACGUCAGCUCAGGCUAGAAGCUGUAGGUAAACGGUGAAAGAUUGCAGCUUCGAAGUUCCCGAGAUCGAGCAUGUCUACAGGUUUGAAAGCAAUUGCUAGUUUCGUACUCUUGUCGCCGGAGGAUAAAUUCAAAGAUACCCGCUUUGGAUUUGGGCAUAGGAAUGCUGAGUAGUCUGCGAAGAAGUGACAAAUGAGCUUGCGUGCUUGCCUGCAGCUGAGCUCUCUGCACAUUCUGGACAAUUCGUCCUCAUGAUUGCCGAAUUCUCACGUAUCCUCGACUUACUUGCUGAGGGAAAUUGAGAGCCCCAUGCUGGAGCACCUGCAGUGUUCGCCAACGUAUUUGAACACGAAGCUUCUCCGUUCAGAGCUGCGCCAUGGCCAAUUCUGUUCAUUUGUCUUCAUUAUACGGGAGUUCAAUAUUCCAUGCCGUUGAGACUUCCUCCUCAGCUUCUCACAAGGAACGACUCGUCUCCGUAACCAAACGAGGCAGCUGCAAUGUUGUAGCGGCUGCUGUGAAUGUUCCCGCUGAUUGGAGGCAGAAAGCUAAGCCCAUCAAGCCAGGCUCCACUUAUCCUGCAAAGGAUCACUGCAGUCAUUGUGGACUGUGCGAUACCUACUACGUCGCCCAUGUCAAAGACGCUUGCGCUUUUCUGGGAAAUGGCAUGUCCAAGGUGGAGAAUCUUGAACCUCGAGUUCACGGGAGGGGCAGAGAUCCAGACUCUCUUGAUGACUUGCACUUCGGUGUUACCCAAGAAAUGCUUUACGCAAGGAAGAUUGUACCUGUCGCCGGGGCUCAAUGGACGGGCAUAGUGACGACCAUUGCCAUGGAAAUGCUUCGCACGAAUAAAGUGGAUGCUGUGAUUUGUGUUCAGAGUGACCCCAAUGAUCGAUUCAGCCCAAUGCCUGUCCUCGCGAGAACCCCAGAGGAAGUAUUGGCAGCUAGAGGAGUGAAGCCAACUUUGUCACCAAAUUUGAACACCUUGGCUUUGGUCGAGGCGGCAGGGGUUAAACGCCUUCUUUUCUGCGGUGUCGGUUGUCAGGUCCAAGCACUCAGAUCAGUCGAGGAACAUUUGGGCCUAGAGAAGCUUUAUGUUCUUGGAACCAAUUGUGUGGACAAUGGACCUAGGGAGGGACUCGAUAAGUUUCUAAAAGCAGCAAGUGAUGAUCCCGACACCGUGCUGCAUUAUGAGUUCAUGCAGGAUUACAAGGUUCAUCUCAAGCAUCUGGAUGGACGUAAUGAAGAAGUACCAUAUUUCUGUUUACCGGCAGAUGAGUUAACAGAUGUCAUUGCCCCUUCUUGCUACAGUUGCUUCGACUAUUCAAAUGGACUAGCUGAUCUCGUAGUGGGCUACAUGGGGGUGCCGAAGUAUCCAGGUGUUUCCAUGUCGAAUCAUCCACAAUAUGUUGUUGUCAGGAAUGAUAAUGGCAAGGAAAUGCUCGACACCGUUCGUGAUCUUCUUCAUAUAACGCCAACAAUAAGCACGGGUGAUCGAAAACCGUUUGUUAUGGAGACAGUCAAAGCAGAUACGAAAGCCAAGAUAGGAAAAGAGAAAACCAAACCAGCUCCAAAAUUUGUAGGCAACAUCAUUGCGUUUCUUCUCAAUCUCGUGGGGCCCAAAGGGCUUGAAUUUGGUCGUUAUUCUUUGGACUAUCACACAAUAAGAAACUAUCUCUACGUUAACCAGAAGUGGGGUAAAAAGAGGGCUGAUGAACAUACUCCUAGUUACGCGAAGAAGAUCGUUGCGAUGUAUAAUCAAAAGGGUGACGUCGAUAAACUCAUUGAAGAAUUACGUGACUGAAUUGCCACCGUGCUGUACAUACACUUGAAUCGAGUCCGUGAUGUGAAGAAAUUGCUAAGUGUUAAGAUAGAGGCUGUCGAUAGGGGCUUGAUAUGUAAAAUGGUAACAUUUCUGCUGUAUCAUACAAAUUCAUUUUUCUUGUGACAUAAAUUUCGGAUGAGGUGCACAAGCGAAAUACAUCAUUAAUUUAUUGCUCAAGUGUCUCAAGUCAGUGCCUGUACCGU